AUGAUGUAUUUACAGGAGGAUCCCACCCUGGAGAGACAUUUUAAAGGCCAUAAAAAUGCCAUCACCUGUACAGACUUUAGUCCAAACCUUAAACAGCUGGCCUCAGGUUCAGUAGAUAAGACCCUGAUGAUCUGGAAUUUGACCCCCAAAGCAAGAGCCUUUCGUUUUGAUGGACACCAGGAUGUCAUCACUGGGGUGCAGUUUUCCCCUUCUGGCUCUCUGGUGGCUACUUCCUCCAAAGACAGGACAGUGCGAUUGUGGACACCUUCCAUGAAAGGAGAGUCGACAGUGUUUAAAGCACAUACGGCUGCAGUACGGAGCGUUGCAUUCUCGCAUGACGGCCACAAACUGGUGACGGCGUCUGAUGACAAGUCUGUCAAAGUUUGGAGCGUUCAUCGGCAGAGCUUUGUCUACUCCCUGAACCAGCACACUAAUUGGGUGCGCUGUGCGAGAUUUUCUCCAGAUGGAAGGCUCAUAGCUUCCUGUGGAGACGACAGGAUGGUCAGACUUUGGGACACAUCAACAAAACACUGCAUCAACUGCUUCACUGACUAUGGGGGCUCUGCAACACAUGUUGAUUUCAACUCCAAUGGCACCUGCAUUGCAUCCUCUGGAGCUGACGGUUCUUUGAAGAUCUGGGAUCUACGAACCAAUAAGCUGAUUCAGCAUUAUCAAGUCCACAGUUCUGGGGUUAAUAGUUUCUCCUUUCACCCAUCCAACAACUAUCUGAUCAGUGGCUCUAGUGAUAGCACUGUUAAGAUUCUGGACAUACUAGAGGGACGUCUUAUCUACACUCUACACGGACACAAGGGUGCUGUGAUCACAGUGGCCUUCUCUAGAAGUGGAGAUCUGUUUGCCUCUGGAGGAGCUGACUGUCAGGUGCUGCUGUGGAGGACAAACUUUGAUAGAAAAUCUUAUCGGGAUGUCUUGCAUCAACACAGCCUAAGAUACACCCCAGAUCCUCCACCCCAUUUGUCUGAUAUCCAUCCCAGGACACCACACCUUCACCAGCAGCAGUCCACAGCUAUUCAGAUCAGUCCAUCAGUGGCAGAUACCAGGUCCACCGACACACGUGUUAUCGAGUUGGAUCGUGCUCUUCACAACAAUAAAGUAAGCUAA